AUGUUUCAGCCACCUUCGCAGAACUCUGUUGCGCGCUCCAGAACUGAAAUUGGUGUCGAAGUCUCUUUGGCAAUUCUCGUUUGCCUCUCAGCCACGUUGGGUAACCUGCUCGUUGUGUAUGUCAUUCAUAGAGACUCCAGGCUUCAGAACGUUACCAACACCUUUAUUCAUAGUUUGGCAUUGACUGAUAUCGCUAUGGCCACAAUAUACAUGCCAUUCUGGAUAGCGAGCCUGUUUGCGGGAACUUGGAUCUUCAGUCAAAGGUGGUGUGAGGUGACAGGAUCGAUAAUGUCAAUAUUGGCUCAUACCUCCAUAUUAACACUAGGAUUGAUAGCGUUUAACCGAUACAUCAAAGUCGUAAAACCCACCCUGUACAGAAAAGUAUUUCCCAGUAAAAAGGCAGCUAAGCUUUAUUGCGCUUUCGUUUGGCUGGUUUCCAUUCUUCUCGCCAUACCUUUUCUUGGGGGAUGGGUGGGGAUAUCAUAUCGCACUAAACUGGGUAUUUGCACCGUAGAGUCCAAGACAUACACAAAAGGCGUUGUGGGAGUGUUUAUGAACGGAGUUAUGAUUCUAAUAUUCUACUGCUACUUCAAAAUCUACAAAGCUGUGAAGGGAAGCACAGCAAAUAUAAACAGGCAUGCUAAAGGAAAUGGAGUCGUCACUUCAAAUGAUCACCCCGCUAACCGUUUCAAUAAUACUAACGUAAAAGUUCUAAAGACAUGCUUUGCUGUGGCUUGUUUCUUUGUCAUUACAUGGUGUCCAGUCUCCAUCGUCGCUGUCACAGGGACUUCAAGGUUUGAUGUUGAUCAAAAGAUCUACACUGCAAGUGUUUUCUUGAUGUUCUCGAGCAGUCUGGUAAAUCCGUUUAUCUUCGGCUUUAUGAAUCCGCAGUUUAAACUGGUUUUUAAGAAGGUACUUAAAUGCGGUGGCCAUAGAAAUGGAAACAUAGAUCUGAAUCAAACUGGGAAUGGAGUAAGAGACGGGCUAGCAGAAGAAUUAAAAAUCGCCGCAUAG